CUGGAACAAAGUAAAGCACAGAAUCGUUCCGGCCAAUUUCGAUUAGUCUUGUGACCUGCGAAUAAGGAAACGCUCGAAACAGCUGCGGUUGGUAGUAUCCAUCAUUAGGCAGAGAUGGCGGAUCUGGGCUUGACAAAAACAUGGCUACCUGCUCAUCUGCUACUGCUGUGGAUGCUGAUCAACUUAUCUGAGUCCAGAGUGUAUUUGUUUGCUCCUGAUGCUGUCAUGCUUGAGGAAUACUCUAAAGCCAACAUUACCAUCACUUCCAGCUCCCCUGUCAACCAGUCAACUGUGAUUCAGUUAAAUGUAACCUACAGCUCCAAGUGGAACUACUCAUCUGUCAUCACAGUGCCAGAGCAGGUGUUGCUGCCAGCGGAGGCAACCUCAGUCAGUUUCAGUGUGACAGGCAAUGAUGUUGGUCAGGUGACCACAUACCUGCUUAGCAACAACACAGACCUUAACAGUUUGUCCGUCAGGAUCCGCUUUAUGGUUGUCCAUAGCAACAUCUUGUCAGUACUCGGUGAGGUGAUUGGCUGGAUUUACUUUCUGGCCUGGUCGGUGUCCUUCUAUCCACAAGCCUUGGAAAACUGGAGGAGGAAAAGUGUUGUAGGACUCAACUUUGACUUCCUGGCUCUCAACCUAACUGGCUUCAUCGCUUAUAGUGUCUUCAAUAUAGGGUUGUUCUGGGUGCCAGAUAUAAAGGAGGAGUUUCUGAAGAGGAACCCUAAUGGAAUUAACCCUGUAAACGCUAACGAUGUGUUCUUCAGUCUCCAUGCUUUACUGCUCUGUUUGGUCUACAUCAGCCAGGCUGCUGCAUAUGAGAGAGGCGGUCAGAAGGUCUCCUGGACGGCCCUGUUCUUCUUGCUGAUUGGCUGGACAUUUGCCUUGGUCAGCUUAUUUCUUGCUGUAGCCAAACAGAUCAGCUGGUUGGAUUACCUCUACUAUUUCUCCUACAUUAAACUAGCAGUCACUCUGAUCAAAUAUGUGCCGCAGGCAUACAUGAACUACAGAAGACAGAGCACUGAGGGGUGGAGUAUUGGCAACGUGUUGCUGGACUUCACUGGUGGAACCCUUAGUAUUCUACAGAUGAUCCUACAGUCUUACAACAAUGACGAGUGGAGGCUGAUAUUUGGUGAUCCGACAAAGUUUGGUCUUGGUCUGUUCUCUGUGGUGUUUGACAUCCUCUUCAUUAGUCAGCACUACUGUAUCUACAGACGGCCACCACAGUACGAACCUGUUACAGAGCAACAAAAAGACUGAUGCCGACUCUGUUGCUCAAAGUAGUACUCCUGAUAAACCAACAGAUGAUGGAGGCUGCUGAAGAGAAGCCAUGAUGAUCGUGAUCUUUAACUUUCUUCUUGAUAUGUUGCAGCAGAGUUAUUCAGGGCAGGUUUCAUUUGUAUCCAGCUGCUCUGAGCUCAGUUUGCUGCCUUCCAAAAUAUCUCAGGAUCAGCACUUGCCUUUUUUUUUUUUUUUUUUACCACUGUAUGAAUAUUUUGGUUGAUUAAAAGAAAACCAGAUGUAAUGAUGUCAAUGUAAACACUUUCUAAUAAAUACAUU